AUGAAGUUUGUGACGGCAGCCAUCCUCGUUGGAACAGUAGUCGGGCUGUCAAGUGCAAAAGGCGUUGCCCAACUGGAAAACGGUCUGGAAUGUGGACGACCAUCAAUAAGCGCUCGCAUCGUGAAUGGAACGAUUGCCUCGAUUGAAACGUUUCCCUGGAUGGUGAAGUUACAGAUUAAAUAUAGAGUAUGGAUGGGAUGCUGCGGAGUCAUACUCACCGCCAGGCACGUGCUUACGGCUGCACACUGCGUAAAACGGGACGGCAGUCUGGAGCCAUCGGAGAUCAGGGUCAGCUACGGCCAUUCCGAGCACGAAAAAGGACAAGAACUGUCUGUGAAGGCCCUCUACCGACACAGGCAUUUCAACGCCACAACGUACAAUCACGACAUCGCCAUGCUCGUUCUAAACACAUCUCUGACGCUGGGCCCGACGUCGAGACACAUCUGCCUUCCGAGCGGAAAUCACACCUUCGAUGAUCAAACGGCCAUCGUGGUUGGAUGGGGUUCCAUACACGAAAGUUCAAUAUAUGGCGCUUCAGAACUGAGGUACACGAGCCAGGUUGUAUGGCCAAGCGACAACUGCAGCGCAAAGUUGAAGUUCUUCAAUCACAAUACGCAGAUUUGCGCCUACGACCGCUACUCCGAUGCAUGUGUGGGCGACUCGGGUGGACCCCUGAUGAUAAAGAACGGCGAUGUGUUCGAACUGAUCGGCCUCGUCUCCAAUGGCAUUGGCUGCAAUCGACCAGAUAUGCCGGGUGGAUACACUCGGAUUACGCGCUACCUGAAAUGGAUAAAGAAGGCACUCAACCACAGUAACAGCUGA